CUGCCAAGGGUGCUCCAGCCCGAUGCUCUUUUUUGCAGUCUUUUUCGUUCCCGUUUAUUGUUAACGACGCAAAGGACUAUUUUGGAGAAAGGUCAAGACAGGUGGACGUCCCCACACACACAUACCGGAGCAAACGUUAACCCGGAAGGAGUAAUCCCGGAAGUGAAAGUGCCUGUCGGGUUGAAAUGUACUGGGUACCGAAGGUUCCAACCUCAAUUGUAUUAUUGUAGUUCAGAUGCUGAGAUGAAUCGUCACCUGUGUAUUUGGCUGUUUAGACAUCCAUUACUUAAUGCUUACCAUCAGUGUCACACUUAUCUCCAUCCUCACCAAUUGAGACAGACACAUCUUGAUACAAGGCUGUGGGAUUUGAGACAAAACAAGAAUCACUUUUUCCAUCCUCUGUUAAAAAAGAAUUGGUCUAGAAGAUAUUGCCAUCAAGAUACCAAGAUGCUGUGGAAGCAUAAAGCACUAAAGAAAUAUAUGGAAGACCUGAAAAAGGAGUACCAAUCACUCCAUCAAUGUUUGCUGGAUAUCACUGUGAAUGUAGGGGACCGAAGGUCCUUACACCAAAGGCAUGCUGAGUUGGCACCACUUGCAGCCAUUUACCAAGAAAUUCAAGAGGCUGAACAAGCAAUUAAAGAAUUAGAAUCAAUGUGUAAAAAUCUAAAUAAAAAAGAUGAAGAGCAGUUACAAGAACUUGCAUUGGAAGAAAGGCAAAUCAUUGGUCAAAAAAUCAACACCCUCUAUAGUGAGCUUUUUCAGAGUCUAGUGCCAAAGGAGAAAUAUGACAAAAGUGAUGUGAUUUUAGAAGUGUCAUCUGGAAGAACCACAGGAGGAGAUAUAUGUCAACAGUUUACCCGAGAAAUAUUUGACAUGUACCAAAAUUAUUCUUGCUAUAAACACUGGACAUUUGAAUUGUUGAAUUAUACGCCAGCAGAUUAUGGAGGACUGCAUCAUGCAGCUGCCCGCAUUUCAGGUGAUGAUGUGUACAAACAUCUGAAGUAUGAAGGUGGGAUCCAUCGCGUCCAGCGAAUCCCCGAAGUGGGGCUGUCCUCUCGGAUGCAGCGCAUUCACACUGGAACCAUGUCAGUUAUUGUCCUCCCUCAGCCAGAUGAGGUAGAUGUGAAAGUGGACCCCAAGGACUUGCGUGUAGAUACAUUUCGAGCCAGAGGUGCAGGAGGUCAACAUGUUAAUACCACAGACAGUGCCGUUAGGCUUGUCCACAUCCCCACAGGUCUAGUAGUAGAGUGCCAACAAGAACGGUCACAGCUAAAAAAUAAAGAAAUAGCUUUGCGUGUGCUGAGAGCUAGACUCUACCAACAAAUUAUUGAGAAAGAAAAGUGUCAACAACAAAGUGCUAGAAAACUGCAGGUGGGAACAAGAGCCCAGUCAGAGAGAAUCAGGACAUACAAUUUCACCCAGGAUAGAGUCACUGACCACAGGAUAGCAUAUGAAGUUCGUGACAUUAAGGAAUUUUUGUGUGGUGAGAAAUACUUGGAUCAGCUAAUUCAGAGAUUGCUUCAAUCUGCAGAUGAAGAAGCCAUUUUUGAACUUUUGGAUGAAAAGCUUAGAUCAGCAUAAUAAAUGUGCUUUAUUUUUA